GUGAACCAAUCAGCGUCGCCCCAGGCACUGGUUGUAAUGUCAGCGCAGCACGCCGGACUCAGAAGCGUCCGGAAUCUGAGAUGGGGGCGAUGGCGCCGCCCACGCUGCUCCUGCUUGUUGCGGCCGCCCUGACCCCGACCAAGACGCGCGCCGGCUCACACUCGCUGCGGUAUUUCCACACCGCCGUGUCCCGGCCCGGCCUCGGGGAGCCCCGGUUCAUCUCUGUCGGCUACGUGGACGACACGGAGUUCGUGCGCUACGAUAGCGACGCGGAGAAUCCGAGAUAUGAGCCGCGGGCGCGGUGGAUGGAGCGGGAGGGGCCGGAGUAUUGGGAGAGGCAGACACAGAUCGCCAAGAGAAACGAGCAGGUUUACCGAGUGGACCUGAGUACCCUGCGAGGCUACUAUAACCAGAGCGAGGGCGGCUCUCACACCUACCAGAGGAUGCAUGGCUGUGAGUUGGGGUCGGACGGGAGCCUCCUCCGCGGGUAUAUGCAGUACGCCUAUGACGGCCGCGAUUACAUCGCCCUGAACGAAGACCUCAAAACGUGGAUGGUGAAGGACACAGCAGCACGGAUCACCAGAAACAAGUGGGAUCAGGCUGGUUUUGGAGAGAGAAAGAGGACCUACCUGCAGGUCGAGUGCUUGGAGUGGCUCCGCAAAUACCUGGAGCUCGGGAAGGAGACACUGCUGCGCUCAGAUCCCCCUAAGGUACAUGUGACCCUUCACCCCAGACCUGAAGGUGGUGUCACCCUGAGGUGCUGGGCUCUGGGCUUCUACCCUGCUGACAUCACCCUGACCUGGCAGUUGAAUGGGGAGGACCUGACCCAGGACAUGGAGCUUGUGGAGACCAGGCCUGCAGGGGAUGGAACCUUCCAGAAGUGGGCAGCUGUGGUGGUGCCUUCUGGGGAGGAGCAGAAGUACACAUGCCAUGUGGAGCAUGAGGGGCUGCCUGAGCCACUUACCCAGAGAUGGGAGGCUCCUCCAGGCACUGACUCCAACAUGGAAACCAAUGUUAUUUAUGUUUUCUUUGGAGCUGUGGCCAUGAUUGGGGCUGUGGCUGUGAUUGGAGCUGUGGUGGCUGUUGUGAGGAGGAGGAGGAGGAGGAAGAGAAACACAGGUGGGAAAGGAGACUACGCCCCUGCUCCAGCAUGAAGACAGCUGUCUGGAGUGGACUGAGUGACAGACGAUGUGUUCAGGUCUCUGCUGUGACAUCCAGAGUCCUCUGUUCUCUUUACACACCAGUGUCUGAUGUUCCCUCUGAUUUUGUGGGUUUGCUGUGAAGAACUGUGGAGCCCAGCCUGCCCCUGCAUUUCAGGGCCCUGUCUGCACUGCCCUGUGUUCUCUUCCACGGCCAACCUUCCUGCUCUGAAGUGGAAACUCAGGGUUCUCAGGAAAGUCGUUUGGAUGGUGUUUUGCUGUGGCAAACAGGAGGAAUGUUUCCUUACAGUGGACACAGGUGUGAAAGACUGAGAUUGACUGGGGAAGGAAUGUUUCCCUCAGACAGACACAGGAGAGAGGAUGUUCUGCUAAAGCAAGCACAUGAAAGGACACGCGAUGAAGGAGACUUUGCUCACAACAUGCAUGUAUUGGUCCGCCUUACAUUGUGCACUCGAGCUGUAUUUGUCACGGCUCCAUAGUGAGAAAUGCACCAAUUAACUUCUGGUGGUGUGCUGCAGUCUGUUGCUGCUUCCAAGGACUGUGGCUGACUGGAUGCAUGUGCUGAGCUAGACUCGUUCUGAGUCAAGGCACAUGGAGGACACGCGAUGUUCAGAGGGUAUAAAUAGGGCUCCACAGAGUGACUGAAACAGAGGUUGUCUUGCUGCUACAGCUCGCCAUGGAACGCUUAUGAGGCUUUCCUGAUCUCUGCUUCCCUGACAGAGGCCCAGCUGAGAACCUCUCCUGGGGUUCCUGUUGGUCCCUCCAGCUGACUCCUGCCAGGCCUGGCUCUCUCUGCUUGGUGAUGCCACUAUUGCUCACCUGACUCUACCAAACUGGCCUGCUGGUGUACACGAGGUGUUUGCAAGUGGGUAGAGCUGCUGCCGACCUGUGAACUGAACUGAUUGCCACACAAUACACAUGUGGUCGGAAAGCUGCCCUGGGCUCUCCCUGUAGCCAGGGUUCUCAAGUGUCUGGUGAGGUCUGUCUGCUCAUCUCUCAGGAGCACCUCCACAGCUGAGAUAAGACCUAACAGAGAGGCUUCUCCCCUGUAACUUGGGUACCGAUUCCUGAACCUGGACUGUCUUACCUUUUCCGUCUUGUGUUCUGGAGUUAACUCCCUGAAGUCUCUUAAUCUCCACCCCCAGCUCUGUGCACCUGGGUCCUGCAGCUGAUGCACCUGUGGUUGCUCUGCCUUUGGAUGGCUCUGUAUGGCAGGAGAGCAAAGUCCCCCUCAGAGGCCUGUGACCAUUUAAAUCAUCUCAUAUUCAUGGCACUAAAGACACGGGAGGCAGAAGCUGAGGUAACAACCUGACAGCUCAGCAAGGAAACUUUAUUUUCUUAACUACAUACAGGAUAUCUAUUUACCAGCCUGAUGCUACAACUAAACUCCAGCCCUUCAGAAAUCUGUCUGUGUCACUCUAUCAGUCUAGUCUGUCUUUCUCUUGAGCUCCUGCAAACCCAGGAGGGCUCCUGAGCUCUCUUUCCUGGAUUUAUAUUUUACCUGUGUCCUGCCAGCUGCUUCUCUGUCAUUCCUGCAAGUCCUAAGAGAAAAUCCUAUUCCAUAAAGGCUCUUCAAAGCAUUUAGUUGCUCCCUUACCCCCUAACCUGCUGAACCAUUUCACUGUCAUGGGAGUUGGGGUUGGGGGCUGUCCAGGGCAAGCCACUAGAGGCCCCACCAUUUCACUUUAUGGUUGAAGGUAGCACAAGGCCAUCUGCCGACCUUGCCUCAGGUCAUAGAACAAGGACCACAGGACCACUCCUAAGCACCUUGCCUUAAAAUAAGCAGGGUCUUUCCCUUCUUUCGAGUUCUUAUCUGUGGGGAAUUCAGAGGCACCCAAACCACACCAGGACACAUAUCCUGGAUCUGCCAAAUGUGGUAUCUACUGAGGAUUUUAUAUUUUGCUAACCAUUAGGUUUCUAUGUACAAUAAUAAAAUAUUCUGUGACAUGGGCCUGUCAGUGGUUAGGAGCUGAAUAUUUCUUGUCUGGGCUUUUCUGGCUGCCAGGGGAAGGCAGUGGCUGAUCAGGCUCUCUCCUUUGGUUGAUCUGGGUCAGUGGCCAUGGUUUGCAGAGGACGUCUCUGCUCAACUCUGAGCUUUAUGAUUUUCGAUGCAAUCUACAGCUUUUUGUGUCCUGCGGGAUUAAAAGCAAAUCAGCACCCCCAACACCAUACAUUUGCUGACUUCCAUUCUGAUGUUAACACAUCCUGAUAGUAUAUAGGGUGAUUUAAUUUCACAGUUUUUCCUUGAUCCAGUGUCUCUCAGCAGCUGUUGGUCUCUUGUUAAUAUUCAGAAAAUGCAAAGUUAAUGGAGUACACUGUAUUCUACCCCUGGGGCCUUUAUUCUUUCUUUUUGUUUUAUAGCUGUGUUCUUUAAGGUGUGAUUGCGUCUUUUCUACUGUUUGCCCUGCAGAAUUGUGUGGUGUAGCUGUAAUGUGCUUUGUAACAAGAGAAGAAUUACUGCAUCUUACUGGAGAAGUAUGCAGGGGCCAUGGCGGUCCCAGUUUGUACACCUAUUCCCACAAGGGCCAUUCCUUUCAGUAAAUGCGUAAUUACAAAACCAGCA